AUGUAUGUUCGUGGCGGGAAUGUAGAUGAGAACCUGAUCCUGCUGGAUGAGGCCACCAUCUAUAACGCUGGUCACCUGCUGGGUUUCUUUUCGGUAUUCAAUGCAGCUGCCUUAAAAGAUGUACAGCUUUACAAAUCCGGUUUCCCUUCCCAAUAUGGUGGCCGCCUGUCCAGCAUUCUGGAUGUAAGAAUGAAGGAAGGUAAUAAGCAGGAAUAUCAUGCAGAAGGCAGUCUGGGAUUGAUCUCCAGCAACCUCACGCUCGAAGGUCCCCUCCUGAAAAACAAAGCUUCUUUUAUCGUUAGCGGGCGGCGUACUUAUCUGGAUGUGGUAAGCGGCAAUAAUAUCCCUUACCAUUUCUAUGACCUGAAUGGCAAGGCUAACUACAUCAUCAACGAUCAGAACCGUAUCUACCUGAGCGGCUAUAAGGGAGAUGAUGUACUAUCCACCCGAAAAAGUAGCGACCUCGACAUGAAGAGUGCGCUUAACCUGGGUAACAGCGCGGCUUCUCUGAGGUGGAAUCAUAUUUUCAAAGAUCCCCGUCUCUUCUCCAACCUGAGCCUGAUCUACACUAAGUUCAGGUAUAAUGUAACAGGAGAGUUCGACAAUAACAGCCUGCUGAUCGCAUCGGCUAUCCGGGACAUCGGCGCCAAGGCAGACUUUAGUUUUAAAGCCAACAACCAGCAUAAUAUGCAUUUUGGCGGGGCAGUAACCAAUCAUGCCUUCCGGCCCAAUAUCGUCAACACAUCGGGUAUGGUUUCCGAAGCACUUAAAUCCAAGCCGGGAGCAAGGAUUCAGAACUAUGAAUUUGCCCUUUAUGCAAAUGACGACUGGAAAGUGUCCGAAAAAUGGCAGCUGAAUUAUGGGCUACGCUACAGUGGCACCCUACUGAAAAGUGGUAAAAUAUACAGCAAUCCCGAGCCGCGGCUGGCCGUCCGUUAUCUUAUCAACGAGCGCAACUCCAUUAAAGCAUCUUAUGCACGGAUGGGCCAAUACAUGCACCUUGUUGCCAGCUCAUCAGUAGCAUUACCUACCGAUCUGUGGUACCCCGUGACCAACAAUAUAAAGCCAGGCAUAUCCGACCAGGUAAGUGCCGGCUACUACUAUACCAUCCCGAAAUUCAAUGUAUCGCUGAGUGUGGAAGGAUACUAUAAGAUGAUGCAAAAUCAGAUCGAAUACCGCGAAGGUGCCGUACUGCUAUUGAAUGAUAACUAUGAACAGGAAUUGGUUACCGGCAAAGGAAGGUCGUAUGGAGUGGAAUUUUUUGCCACCAAAACAUCCGGGCGUUUCAGCGGCUGGGUAGGUUAUUCGCUCUCUUAUGCGUUGAGGAAAUUUGAUGCGCUAAAUGAAGGCCCAAUUCAGCCAGCAUACCGCCAACAACGCCGUUAUUAUAAUCAAUACUUUCUUUACCGGUCAGGAUCAGGUCAUAACCGCCUUCUUUUGCAAAAGCAGCAAUCUCUGAAGCCACUACAUAAGGGUCAUGGCUGUCCACAUCUAUACGGAAAGCCUCGUCGCCGCCAAGCGCCAAUGCCUUACGGAUAA